UCUGAGAAAGUGCAGAAGGACUUGUAGUGGAUCUCUUAGGAAGUUCCGGGACGCCAAAAUUAUUCAUGCCAAGCUUGAUGAGGUACCCAGCACAAUGAACAAGAUAGAACAGAUCAAGAACCUCCUUGUCCACGACGACAGAGAGGAGACGAGAAAACUCUACUUAAAAAUUCCAUUUUUCACACGCACCCAGCUGAGUAGUGUCAUUGAUUCAGUGGAUGACUGGAGAGCAGUGUCUGAUGGCUGCGAGAGAGGAAUCCCAACAUAUUUAGAAGAAGCUUCUGGAAGAUAUUCUACCCUGAUGGGCCAGAUAAACUUGUACAUUGAAAGUAACAAGAGGACAGGUGCUCAUGGGGACAGACUGUUCUUCAUGAUCUCAGACAGGAACUUUCUACAGGCCAACUUUGCUCAUGACCCAGCAGGAUUUGUCAGAGAAAUGGCCACUUGUCUUGAACAAGAAAAUUUUCUUCUGCGGUCCCAUCAGUACAGUGCUAGUUAUUCCACCAAUACAAAUGAAGUCAACAUCAGAUAUAGCCAUGAUGAUGGUCUGGCCGCACAUGCAGGGGAUGUAAAUCUUGGUCUAGAACAGUUCCAACCAGAGGACCAGCAGCUGAGGCAGAUAGAGGAGUUAGCUGCUAGAAUUGAGAGAUCCAUAUUGGGAGAAGCAGGGCAGGCAAGCAGUUUUACUCAGGGUCCAAGCUAUUUGAAUGACACUUGGACAGAUAGUAAUCAGUACCAGAAUAUGUCCACUGAUCACCAAAUGACAAGUUUGGAUAUGAUCUGUCAAAUUGUUGAGGCCAUGCAAGAAUAUUUGAAAGUCCUCGAAAAAGAGGUGACGGAAUGGAAACGUGCUGAAGCAAAGUUUAGUGUUGGCAUCGGCCCUGAAUGCUCUUUUGACCUGCUCUCCACAAAGUUUGGCGUGUACGCCCAUGUGAUGGACGCGCUGGAGACGAGCUACCUCCCCCACUUGUUCCAGUACACCACUGCAGGCCCCAGUCUCACCCUCAAUCAUGCUCAUGAGAAAUUCAGAAAGAUGAAAGAGUUUUUUUUCAAAAUAACUCUGCUAGUGACAGUACAGCCCAAAGAUGUCAUCAGCAUUGAGAAUGAAAAAACUGAAGCAGCCAAACAAAGAAAAGUUAAACAAGGGGAGGAGAAAAAUGUCAAGAGGACCAGGAGCUACUGCACCAAGAAAAAUCAGAGAUUUGAUACCACUCUCAGGCUGUUAGGUGGUGAAAGAUUUUCUCUUCUGACCAUCACCAAGUCCCACAUCCAACUUUAUGCUGAGAAGGAUUUAGCCGCACGCUUGAGUGGGGCUGGUGGCACUGAAGCCAAAACCAACCUGGACUUUAGAACGGAAGUGAGCAGGGAGAGUGACAGCUACCUGCUCAAGUUCCAGGAGGUGGGCGUCAACAACUUUGUCCGGGUGGAGCAGAACAACGUGUACAAACAGUUCUUCCGUCUGCGCUACAGCCUGACUGUAAGCUGCAACAAUGAUGUGUACGAGCUGCAGACGCUGUCGCUGCCGUUCAUGUUCAACACUGGAUCCAACCAACUCCUGGAGCUGAUUGGUGCCAAGAUGUUGUACUGCGCCAACUCUCCUGAUAUGUACAGUGGCAGUUUUACAUGUCCUGACCCAAUUGACGUGGGCGCCAUCAUACAGAUGCUAGAUGACAGGGUUCGCUACAUUGACAAGAGGGGCAGGAAGUUGACUGAGGAGGAGAAGAAGUUUUUGGUCGAUAGAUUACCAAGCAAAAGUACUGACGGAAAGGUCUCAAUGCAGGGAUUUAUCAAGGACAAGAUGAAGAAAUCAAGAAACACGGAGGAGCUUCCAUUUUCAUUCCACACCUGGUUUCAUGCUGUCAUGUACAGCCUGUCUAAACACCUGCUUCAACCCUGGCUUGAUGGCGCCAUCUAUGGGUUCUGCAGUGAGAAAACAGCAGAAAAGUUGCUGAUGAAUCCGCUGGUAGCUGUGGGGACUAUCAUUCUCAGACCAAGCAUUUCCUCACAGGUGAAAAACAUGAGCUCUAAAGAGGCUACAGCUGCCCUAACUAUGGACAUCAAGAUGGAGGGCGAGCCUAAUGAGGCAACACACAAAGUGAUUUCUGUCCCCCUGAUGAUCAAAGCCAUUCAGAAGAACACGUUGUAUGGAGCCAUUGCUGGCAUACAGAAAAACAAAAGGUCCAUAGCCAAGUACUUGUACACGGCUUCCAAACAAAGUGUAGGCAUCAGUGCUUUAAAGAAAUAUGGAGGAGAUCCACAGAUUCGAACGUUUGAAGAUUAUAAAAUCAUGGUAGAGAAGUUAGAAACUUUCAACCUGAAAUCCAGUGAGGCAGACCCCCACAGUUGUGAUGGGGUGGGGACGUCUCCCUUGGAGUCUGGACCCAGGAAAAGGCAGCACAGAGAGGAGGCAUGCAACGUGCCAGACUUUGAUCUGCUGGCUCCCAGCACAGACCAGGCUCCAAUAAAAAGUGAAUUUAUUUUGGAACCCCAGUCCAAUGUGUGGCCUUCUGCCCAAGGUCAAAGGUCAGGUCACCAGAGCAACUCUCUGCCUGGCACAUAUGGGGUUAAUGCCUCUCAAGGUCUGGCCACCACAAGCCAAGGCAUCAGAUGUAUGGGGGGAGUGUUGGUGGACCUGUCUCACAUCCAGCAGGUCAACAGCCACUUGGCAAAUGUCCAUCACAAUUUAGCCGCGGAGCAAUUCUACAAUCAGUUUGAUGGGCCAGCCUCUAGUUUGUCAGCAGGCAGCCUCGUGACCCCUGACACCAACUGCCUUCCAGAAGAACAAAUGGCCCAAUUGUUUGAGCAGUUAAGUCAAGAACAACAGGUCGACUUACUGGAGUCCACAGCACAAAACUUUAAUAUCUUUGGUGUCAGCAAUGAGAACCAGGCACAACCUUUCUUUCUUGGUGGCCACCAGCACCUUUUUAACUUGAGCAGCCAACCUGAAACCUUUCUACCAUCAAGUUUUAACUUGAGUAGCCAACCUGAAACCUUUCUACCAUCAAGUUUUAACUUGAGCAGCCAACCUGAAACCUUUCUAGCAUCAGGUGAGGAAGACAUGUUCAGCACCAAUGAAUUGAGCCCGACAGACUCUGGAGUUUUUGUGGGCACUCCUUCCCCUGAUCUCUCCCCACAGAGCCACCCAUUGAGCUGACUUCUUGCCUAGCUCCAGCUAUGCUGAUGUUAACUGCAGUAGUCUCCAAACAUUCCUAACAAACAAAGUGACUGCUUUAGUGCAAACCAAAUUUUAUUCAUUCUUCUUGCUUCCCAUAAAUUGAUUGUAUUAUUUACCAUUUUUGCAAGAAGAAAUUAUUUUUUUACUGUUUCAAUCAUAAAAUUAUUUAGUUGUCUAAAAACUUUUGUAUUUCAAUUUUUUAAGAAAAUGUAUUUCAUAAGAUUUCUGUAAAGCUAGUACUGGAAUUAAGAUUUUUCUUUUUUUAUCUAAAAUUUUCUUUAUUGUUUUAAAGUCGAAUUUAAAAAGUCAAACUUUUGUACUAGUUCAAUGAGAAACUGAAAUGUUGGUAAUGUACCAAGUCAUUCCAAUAAGUAAUCAGCUUCACAAAAACAGCAGCAAACAUGGCUUGAGGUAUAGCACAGUUUGGACUGGAUAUUGCUGAUGUAGAGUAAAUGUUCAUUCUUUUAUAGAUGGCUUGCCAUUUAUUGCGUUAUUUUCUUUUCCAGCGUAAAUGUUUAAAAUUAGAUUUUUUUUUCUCUAUCAUUUGAUUGUUAAGACACAAUGAUGUUCUGGUAAAGACACAAUGAUGUUCUGGUUUGUUCCAAAACUCUUUUGUAUACAACAGAUUACACAAACCAGAAAUAAGUUUUUAACAUCCAUUCCUUCUAGUCUAAAAAAAAUUAAACAUUUUAUUUAUUAAACUUUUUUUUUGCUGGUAAAAAUAAGAAUUUAAAAAAUAGCUGAUUAUUCUAAAAAAGACUUCUAUAAUGUUUUAUUCAAUAUAGACUUCGAAUUAAUAUUUUUAUGUCUGUUAAGUAUAUAAAUGUUUAUAAAUUAUAAUUAUGAAAUAUGACAGAUGAUAAUAUGAAAUUAUUUAAACAAAAUUAUUUGCUUCAAGAGACUUCAAUUAUCUAAUUAAUAUUUGUGGUGUAUACUUGGUGCAGUCCCCCCCCCCCCAGUACUGCCCCACAGUGCUGUCCCCUUAGUACAAUCCCCCCCAGUACUGACUGGAUCAGGUGAGACUGAGUCUUGAGGACAAAAUGGCUGCCCAUUUUUCAGGCCUACAGUUCCAUUUUUAUGGACUUGAGGAAAGUUUUUUUUCUUAUUACUGACACUAUGAUUGACCUCAGUAUCUCAAAGUAAAAUUUGAGUAAUGCAAAUAAUUAUACUUGAAAAAAUAACAUAAAAAUUUGAGUAAUGCAAAUAAUUAUACUUGAAAAAAUAACAUAAAAAUUUGAGUAAUGCAAAUAAUUAUACUUGAAAAAAUAACAUAAAAAUUUGAGUAAUGCAAAUAAUUAUACUUGAAAAAAUAACAUAAAAAUUUGAGUAAUGCAAAUAAUUAUACUUGAAAAAAUAACAUAAAAAUUUGAGUAAUGAAAAUAAUUAUACUUGAAAAAAUAACAUAAAAAUUUGAGUAAUGCAAAUAAUUAUACUUGAAAAAAUAACAUAAAAAUUUGAGUAAUGCAAAUAAUUAUACUUGAAAAAAUAACAUAAAAAUUUGAAUAAUGCAAAUAUUGAUACUUGAAAAAAAUAACAUAAAUUUACUUUUACAUUUUAAAAUUCAAAAUGUUGAUUACAUUACACAUACAUCGAAGCCUACAUAUUGAAUUAGGCUUAAAUGUAAGUUUAUAAUCUGCAGAUCUUUGUAUUUCUAUUGUAUCAAUUAAUAUGAUAUAUUCAAUACUUUCUUUUUCAUUUAUAGUGCUUAGAAUUUUAAUAAGGUUUUUCUAAUGGAAUAACUAAAUGCGUGGUACUCAUAAUACUUAUAAAUAUCUCCAGUGCCUUUUGUUACACUUAACUGCUUGUUUAAAAACAUUUCUCGUCUUUCCAUUUUGCCUUGAAAAAAGCAUUAUAUUAUUUUUUUAAAACUUUACUCAUUAAUGGAAUUAAAGAAAUUAUA